UAUUUUUCUCCGUCCAUUUAAAAAUCUGUGGUCAUCAAAAUCCACAUGAAUCCUCAGCAAACCCAAAUUUCCCACAAGUUUAUAUUAUCUAUAAAAGCCGAAAACCCAACAUCAGAAAAGAAAAAUAAGCCAAGAAAAUGGCCCUCCUAUUGCCACCACCGUCCAAGCCAAAACCCUCUCAAUUCCCACACCCCUUCUUCACACCCAAUUCCUCUAAAACAACAUAUCAACACAAAAACCUCUUAACCAUCGCAGUAAACAAGGAUUUCACACACAAAAAGCUCAAAAAUGAGAUCUUUUUCAAAAGCAGAGACAUAAAAUUCAAAAGGGUCAUGCCAAUUGUGAAUGCAGCAUCAAUCCCAUUAUCAGGGGACGAGAAAAAAUCAAACUUUGGGAGAAUUUUGCUGUCAGAUGUGGUGGUGGAGAGGAAAAGGGAUGUUUUUGGGGGCAGAAAAUGGAAUUCUUUGGACGUGGCAACGAUUGGGGUGGUAAUUGCUAUGCAUUUGCUGUGUGUUUUUGCGCCUUUUGCUUUCAAUUGGGGCGCUUUGUGGGUUGCUGUUGGGUUGUAUGUGGUUACAGGGCUUCUGGGGAUCACUCUUUCUUUCCAUAGAAAUCUUUCUCACAGGAGCUUCAAGCUUCCAAAAUGGCUGGAGUAUCUUUUUGCCUAUUGUGGAGUUCAAGCCCUUCAGAUUUGCGCAGCCUUCCUAGGCGGCGGUGCGGCGCCGGCCGGUGGUCGUGCUCGACUGCCGUCCCUCCUCUGCUGUCCCAGACCGUCGGUGUUGCCUGUGAUUUUCGGUCUACCAUGCCUCUGUUCGCCGGCGAAGUGGAGAUUGGAAGAGGCGAGCACUUUAGUCGUCGACCGGUUAGCAAUGGGUGGAGUAGUUGCCCGCCGGUCCCGAUUGGAGGUGAGCUUUUCUCCUUUUUCUGCUCAGGUUCUAUAUUCCCGAUUAAGUGUGCGAACGGAAGACCCUCGGGUGGUUCCGCUUUUUCCGGCGAAAUUUGUCCGGGGGUUUUUGGUCCUGGAGCCGGUGGUCGACGGCGAUGUUGGCUGCUUGUGUGUGGGUCGUGAGGAGGGAUGGGGCUCUGAUGGUUUGUCGGAGUUGAGGGCCCGAGCCGCCCCCCUGUUUCGGCUAGUGGUGUUAGACGGCAGGGUUCAGGCGCUCCUAAGCUCGGCUAGUGGUGUUAGGCGUGCUCGGAAGGCCUUGUGGCAGUUUCGGAAGCUGUCUCCUGACUUGAAUUAUCCUCUGAUAUCGACCGUUCUCCGCUGGUAUGGGCCGUUUGGCCUCUGUGCACCCGAGUGUCAUUUUCAUUACCCUGUGGGGAGUUUUACCCCGUUGGGGUCGGUUCUAGGCGGUCUCUUGACCUGUCCUCCCACUUUUAAGCUAUUGGCUGCUUGUAUUCAGUUGUUGGCUGUUUGUAAUCAGCUGGUGGCUGCUUUUUGCACAUUUGUGCGGUAUCACCAUCAGUUUUGUGAUACAGAGAAGGACCCACACAGCCCUCUUGAAGGAUUUUGGUUUAGUCACAUGAGUUGGCUUUUUGACACCAAUACUGUCACUGAAAGGUGUGGGAAGCCUAACAAUGUUGGAGACUUAGAAAAGCAGCCAUUUUACAAGUUCCUUCAAAGCACUUACAUAAUUCAUCCUUUGGCACUUGGAGCUCUACUUUAUGCACUUGGAGGUUUUCCCUAUAUUGUUUGGGGAAUGGGAGUGAGAAUCGUGUGGGUUUACCAUAUCACCUGGCUUGUAAAUUCAGCUUGCCAUGUUUGGGGCAGACAAGCCUGGAAAACCGGUGAUCUUUCUCGAAAUAAUUGGUGGGUGGCAGUGCUUGCUUUUGGAGAGGGUUGGCACAAUAACCACCAUGCCUUCGAAUAUUCAGCUAGACACGGGCUUGAGUGGUGGCAAAUCGAUAUGACUUGGUACGUAGUUGGGCUUCUGAAGGAUAUUGGGCUGGCCACUGACGUCAAGUUGCCAGCUAAAGCCCAUAAGGAAAAGAUGGCCUUUGCGAGCUGAUGCUUUUAAAACGAGCUUGGACUCCUUUAUUUGCGCGUAGCUAUCAUAGCCUUACAGAUGAGGACACUCCAAUUAGAAUACGUUUAAGCUAAAAAUAGGUCUGCUCAUAAUUUGGCAAAUGAAAAACGUUUUGUUUAACUUUAACUAUGUACUGUUCAGUAAUUUUUGUAUGAUAUGAGAAGAAUGUAUUAGUAUAACGAGACUGG